AUGGUGGCGAAAGAGUAUUCAUCUUCCCGCCUCUUGCGAUCACAUCAAUAAUACGCCAUGGGAGGCGGUCCAAGAUGUUGUCAUCCCACAGUAGCUUCUGGAACCUCAUGGUAGCACGAUGGAGAAAGUUGCAGAGCUGAAAGACAAGGGGAACAAGGCCCUGAGCGGGGGCCAGAUCGACGAGGCGGUCCGCUGCUACACCAAAGCGCUGGAGCUCGACCCCACUAACCAUGUCCUCUACAGCAACCGCUCGGCAGCCAACGCCAAGAAGGGCGACUAUGAGAGUGCUCUGAAGGAUGCCUGCAAGACUAUCGAGAUCAAGCCGGACUGGGGCAAAGGUUAUUCCCGCAAGGCCGCUGCCCUGGAGUUCCUUAAGCGGUUUGAGGAGGCCAAAUCCACCUAUCAGGAGGGACUGAAGCAUGAGCCAGCCAAUCAGCAGUUGAAGGAGGGGCUUCAGAACAUGGAGGCGCGGCUAGCAGAGAAGAAGAUGAUGAAUCCCUUCGCCAUACCCAACCUGUAUGAGAAGCUGGAGAGUGACCCCCGCACCCGUGCCCUGCUGGCGGAGCCGGGGUACAGGGAGCUGCUGGAGCAGCUGAGGGAGCGGCCAGGUGACCUUGCCACGAAGCUGCAGGACCCGCGUGUCAUGACCACCCUCUCUGUCCUGCUCGGGUUCGACCUGGCGGGGGCAGAGGAUGAUGAAGAGGAGCCCCCUCCACCCCCCUCCCCCAAACCCAAACCUCAGCCACCUCCUCCCAAAGAAGAGGACCUCCCAGAGAACAAGAGACAGGCACUGAAGGAGAAGGAGCUGGGGAACACAGCCUACAAGCAAAAGGACUUUGCCACAGCACUGAAACACUAUGAGGCAGCCCUGCUGCACGACCCCACCAACAUGACCUACCUGUCCAACCAAGCAGCUGUGUUUUUCGAGAAGAGCGACUUUGAGAAGUGCAGGGAGCUGUGCGAGAAGGCCAUCGAGGUGGGCAGGGAGAACCGGGAGGACUACCGCCAGAUCGCCAAAGCAUACGCCAGGAUCGGGAACUCAUACUUCAAGCAGGAGAAGUAUGCGGAGGCCAUCCAGUUCUACAACAAGAGCUUGACAGAGCACCGCACCCCCGAAGUGCUAAAAAAGUGCCAGCAGGCAGAGAAGAUCCUCAAGGAGCAGGAGAAGCUGGCCUACAUCAACCCCGAGCUGGCCCUGGAGGAGAAGAACAAGGGCAACGAGGCGUUCCAGAAAGGUGAUUAUCCCCUCGCCAUGAAACAUUACUCAGAGGCCAUCCGGAGGAACCCGCAAGACGCCAAACUGUUCAGUAACCGCGCGGCCUGCUACACCAAGCUGGCAGAGUUUCAGCUGGCUCUGAAGGACUGUGAAGAUUGUAUUAGACUGGAACCAACCUUCAUAAAGGGCUACACUCGCAAGGCUGCAGCCCUGGAAGCCAUGAAGGAUUUCUCCAAAGCGAUGGACUUCUACCAGAAAGCCCUGGAGCUUGACCCCAACUCUAAGGAGGCCACUGAGGGCCUGCAGCGCUGCUUAGUGAACCAGGCGGUGCGGAACGACAGCCCAGAGGAGGUGAAGAGGAGGGCCAUGGCCGACCCCGAGGUGCAGCAGAUCAUGAGUGACCCGGCCAUGCGCCUCAUCCUGGAGCAGAUGCAGAAAGAUCCACAGGCGCUGAGCGACCACUUGAAGAACCCAGUCAUUGCCCAGAAGAUUCAGAAGCUCAUCGAUGUGGGGCUGAUAGCCAUUCGGUGAUCAGGGCAGGGCCCAGCAAGAGAGAGCGCGAGGGAGGAGCAAGACAACCAGACAACCCUCCCCUCUGGUCACCCCCACCCCUGUCACCAGCGCCAGAUGCCCCCCCCCCUCUCCCCCCAACCUCUCAACUGCAGCUAAAACAGCAGUUCUCAGAGACCAGCAUCCAGGCGCAGAAGUCCACUACCCCUUAAAACGGUUUUCUCAAAAUGCAUGCUUUUCUGUCUCUGACUAGGGGCUCAUUGAUUACCCAACUGUCAAAUGAGUCUUGAGACAAAUCUUUUAGCCUAACACUCUUUCCAUUUGUUCAAGACAUUGUCUACUUUGAGUUUUUUUUUUUUUUUUUUUUUGGACAUCCAUGUUGAGACAUAAAUAAAUUCAUAGAAAUUUCUUGAUGAACUGCUACUCCCCUGUAAUUACCUUGCUGACCUGAUCUGUGGCUAAUGUAACUCUUGUUUUCUUUCGAUUAGCACUCCCGAUUCUACAAUUGUCUCCUCUUUCCUCUCAUUGAGAAAUGAGCCACAAUAUCAGUUAGGCCCUCCCCCACUCAUGUGAUAGACAGCUGCCUGGAGCAAUGAUUGCCCUUGUUUCUUUAAAGAAAAAAAAAACUUUAAGGCGGAAAGUGGCCAAUCGGCAUGCCAGAGCAUUGUAUGCAGCCUGUUGGUUUCACAUGUGGGUGUUUAUCGAGGCUGCUGAUGGCAGUUCUCUUGGAAGCUGAGCAUCAUGAACAUUGGUGACUCUGAGAGACGCAGGUGGCAUGACUGUCCUUAACGGACAGGUCUUUUGAAAUCUAUUAGAGCACUUACACUCUGCAGACCUCUCUAUCAUCUGAAUGUAUUUAUGUCAGUAUCAGUAUAUAUGAGUGUAACUUAUUUUCUUAUAGUUACUUCACAGCUGGUUACUUGUUGAUUUGUGGUGUAGCAGUUGUAAGUGGCCUGGUUCCCUCUUUUGAAGUGCUGACCAUCAUUCAGAGUGCAUUGUUCUGUUGUACUUAAAAUGCAUAAUGCCAUGAUUUUAGGCCAUAAUCUUUGCAGCUGGGCCCUGAAAGGCUUGUCGAGGGGAUACUGCAGAGGGGGUCGGGCCUGGGGUUUUCAAUAAACAGGCAUAAUUGUUUUCAUAAUUGU